AUGAAAGAUGACUAUGGCAGUCUGGGUAGUCGUCAUCAGCUGCUGUCAGGCGGUCGCCGUGCCGCUUCCGGUUUGCUCUGUGCUGCUGAACCAACAAGACACCUUCGGUCUUCUUUUGUUCAACCCGUUAGUACCGAGAAUCAGCCGGUAGGGCCGCCGGUAGGAGACCGGGCCGACACGCAGCGUUGCCCGCACAGAAUGCUGCUGCUCUACCAGCUUCCGGAGGAUGUUCUCUACCAUAUCUUGUAUCAUUUGGACUGCACAUCCCUCAGUCGCCUCUCUCAAGUUUGUAAAAGUAUUUACCGCUUUGUGAGCCGAGACGAGGUGUGGAGGAAGAUUGCCAAAGAAUGUUUAAACACUGGAAUUACUUGGGAUGGAACGGACAUAUAUCCUCACCUCCAGCUGAAGGAGAGGGUGAAGGUUGCUCACAACUGGUUUGACGGGCUCUGCAAAAGAACAAUUCCUCUCAAAUGGAAAACAAAACUGUUGCCAUGGCUGCAGCUGGAUGGCGACAUGCUGUAUCUGUCUCAGGCUGCUGAUAUUGGAGCGUUCCAUCUGUGCCAAGACUCCGGGAGGCUCCAGCGUCCCCCAUCUGAAAUCUUCUUGGGUCACCAGGGUGAUGUGUGUCGCUUUGUUCUGACGGACUCUCACCUGGUCAGCGGGGGAAGUGAUGGCAGGAUCCUGGUUCACAGCCGGGGCCGGGACACGUUUGUGGAGUUAUCAGGUCAUAACCAGGAGGUCAACUGCCUGGACGCUAAAGAGGGACUCAUCGUCAGCGGAUCCAGAGACCGAACAGCCCGGAUUUGGACUUUGUCUUCCAGCUGCCCCAGAGACACCAUCCACAUGUCUGACAGAGUGUGGUCUGUGGCCAUCAGUCCCACAUUGAGGUCCUUUGUAACGGGCACUGCAUGCUGUGAGAACACGUCGCCUCUCCGCGUCUGGGAUGUUGAACGGGCCGAGUGUGUGUGCAGUCUGGGCCUGGGGUUCCGUCGUGGGGCCGGUGUGUUGGACAUGCAGUUUGAGACUCCGGCGCAGCUCUUCACCUGCGGCUAUGACACCUUCAUCCGACUGUGGGACCUGCGACUUAGCCCAGGGAAGUGUGUGAUGGAGUGGGAGGAGCCUCAUGACAGCGCACUGUACUGCCUUCAGACAGACGGGAACCACAUGAUAGCCAGCGGCUCCUCGUACUACGGAGUGGUGCGCCUCUGGGACAAACGGCAGGCUGCAUGUCUGCAGUUCUUCCAGCUGAGCUCACGCCCGGUGAGCAGCCCGGUGUACUGCCUGAGGUUCAGCAGCUCUCACCUGCAUGCCGCCCUUGCCACCGCCCUGCACUCACUGGACUUCAGACAGAACAAUGUCUACAUCAGAUGACACACACACACACACACACACACACACACACAUUUUUAUUAAUCUGUUCAAUAAAGCUGUCUAUUUUCACAAGAUAAUGUUUCUUAAGGAAGUGCUUUUUAUGAUGAGUUAAUAAUUAAUAAUAGUCCCAAUGUUAGUAAAACAUUCAUUACUGUAGGGAUUUUAACGGGGACAUCUUAAAUGUAUAUAAACAUAAAACAGAGUCAGACUUUAUGGAUAGGUUAUACCUACUGAGCACGAGAAUAACCUCCACUUGUUCAAGAUUUAUGGACUAUAUUUGUUAUAAAGUAAUUCAGAACGCUGAAGUGGACUGUAGGUAACUAUGAUCGACCUGUAUUUGUAAUAUUUGAUUGUGAAAUAUAGAGGAAAACGGAGGGAAAUGGUAAUAGAUGGCCCCUCCCCGCUCUCCCUCCAUGUGAGCCUUGUGAAUGACUGCAGGCAUCACGCCCAUCAUGCUAACCCUGCACACACCGCUUCGUUGUGUGUCUUUGUGUCAGGUUAUUGGAUGUUAUUGGCAGGUCAGCACUUUUUUUGUUUUGGUACUGUUUACCUGCGUAAUGGUCUAAUUGUUGAUUUCCAUCCAUCCAAAAUGGUUAUAUUGAAACAUGCCAGCAAAAAGAGGCUUAAUUUCACCUCAAGGCUGGGGUUUCUUAAGGACAUUUGCCAGGAUAAAAGCACAAACACAAUCAAGGAAUAGAAACAAAUGACAUGCACAAAUCCCUAAGGAAGCUAUAGCUAAAGAACCCCCUUCCCCCACACAUUGUAUACAGUACCUGUGUACUGUACGUAUACAGUGUGCGUGUGUGUG